CAUUUAUUGUUUUCAAUGUUACCGGGCAAGAUGUAGUAGAUGGAGUUGUGAAGCAAGCAAUAUACAAUGACUGUUGAGACAAGCACGCCUACACAAGCUGUUGAGGAACUUUACAAGUAUUUAGGUGAAUUAAAGUCGAGGGGAGGUCAGAAUGUUGAAUAUGUCAAGGCAGUUUUCGAAAAUCAUCAGUUCAGCAACAUAUGUAUGCUAUACCAGCUGAUAGGCAUUGCAAACUCCUUGCCCCGCCCCCGGGAUUCUCAUGUCAGUAGAACGCUAGGAACAUUGUUAGACGCCCUCUCUAACAGCCCAUCAGAACACGCGCAGGAGCUCAAGUGUUUGUUAGAAGAUACGUAUCUAUCAAGCUUUACGGAUGUGAUCAGUAAGAUACUAUUACGAGAUUACGACGUCGUUCCACCCGGUCACCACCUUGAUCCUGAUGAGAUGGACGAGAGUUCAGAGAAAGUGCGGAUGAUAGGACUACACAAGGGUAAAGGGGAACCUCUGGGAAUAACACUGAAGAAGACGAAAGAGGGAAUUGUGAUAGCUAGGAUAUUACAUGGUGGCUUAAUAGGGAGACAAGGAUUACUCUCUGUGGGUGACAUCAUAUUAGAGGUAAAUGGAGCUAAAGUAUCUGACGACCCGAGCGAAGUGCAACAGUGGCUAACCAACACAUCAGGAAGUCUCAUGCUCACUAUACUACCUUCCUUUAACCCCGCCAUGUCCGAUGUCAAGCAGCUCUUUGUACGUGCUUUCUUUGAUUACGAUCCUGCUACUGAUGAUAUGUGUCCCAGCAAGGAGUUUGGGCUGCCCUUUAAGUUUGGGGAAAUACUCCAGGUAGUAAACAAGGACGAUGAUAACUGGUGGCAAGCUGUAAAGGUGCACAGUGAGAAUGAAAGUGAGCGACCCCGGCAAGCUGGUCUUAUACCCAGUCUUGUGCUUCAAGAGAGGCGCAGAGCUUUCAUCAACCAGGAUAUGGUCAAGAAAGCAAAGUCAAUGAAGAAGCGGAAGAUAAUGUACUCAACCCAAAAGAAUGCAGACUACGACAGGCACUCAGUUCCCAUCUACGAGGAGCUCGCCAGAAUGCCUCCAUUCCAACGUAAAACCAUGGUUCUUGUAGGAUCUGACAACACGGGCAAAGAUUCUCUAGUCAGUAAACUCCUGACAAAGGAUCCUGAUAGAUUAGCAACUCCUAUGCCACACACUUCUAGAAGGCCCCGUGAUGGGGAGGACUCUGGACAAGGUUACUGGUUCGCUAAAAGCAGAAAAGAAAUGGAGGACGAGUUCUUACAAGGAAAAUACCUAGAGUUUGGUGAGUACGAGGGUAAUUUGUACGGAACUAAACUAGACAGUGUGCGAGCGGUAAUGAGAAGCGGGAAAACAUGCGUCUUAUCAAUCCACCCUCAGUCUCUUAAAUCUAUCAGAACGCCAGAGUUCAUGCCAUUUGUUGUGUUCGUGACAAAUGAAGACGAGAUGGCCAGUGAUAAGAGUGAUAGCCGAACUAUGUACGACGAUUACAGACAGUAUUUCGACAUGAUGAUAAACCUGGAUCCACGUGAUCUGGAAGGCGCUUACACUUCAGUAAGACAGGGACUCAAAAGAUGUGAGCUGGACCAUCAGUGGGUACCAGUCAGUUGGGUUUAUUAUGUGCGAGCGGUAAUGAGAAGCGGGAAAACAUGCGUCUUAUCAAUCCACCCUCAGUCUCUUAAAUCUAUCAGAACGCCAGAGUUCAUGCCAUUUGUUGUGUUCGUGACAAAUGAAGACGAGAUGGCCAGUGAUAAGAGUGAUAGCCGAACUAUGUACGACGAUUACAGACAGUAUUUCGACAUGAUGAUAAACCUGGAUCCACGUGAUCUGGAAGGCGCUUACACUUCAGUAAGACAGGGACUCAAAAGAUGUGAGCUGGACCAUCAGUGGGUACCAGUCAGUUGGGUUUAUUAGACUAAUUACCCUAAUUAGCCUUUAAUGAGAUGCUAAUCGAGAACUAAUUAUCGAUCUCGUGAUAUGUUUACCACACACAAGAGUUAAUACCAGUAAUUAAUUACCUUACCCCAUAUUAAUAUACCCUGUGUUUUAUAUAAUAUACGUGUCAACAAUAACAUAACUAGCUGCUCGUUAUCAAGUGUUAGAUGUAUUAUAUUUAUUUUAGCAAUUUCGCAGAAAAAAAUUGUUAUUUUCAAAGUAUGUAUUCUGUUUAUUACGUUUUAAUGAAAGAGUUUUUUUGAAACGAAGCUCAGAUUAUUAUAUUAACAAUUUUAAAGUUUACCACAGAUCUAUAAUAUAUUGCUACUAGUCAGAAUUGUUUUAAUGCGCUUAAGUCUGGUACAGCAUGGAAUUUCUUAUUGUUAUUCAGAAACAAAUUUUGCUCGUGA